GAACCGUGUUAGAGUUAAUAGCAGUGAUUGAUGUCAUUUACUGGAAGCUAAAUGUGGGCAUUUUAUAUUUCAGACGCUGGCUGCGAAGAAGUUCUAAGCAAUUCAAAGACAGUCCCAAACAUGAAGUUGUAGAUUUCCCUACAAUCACAAGUAUUCCAGCCAUACCAGAUUUAGACGAUGCGAAAGAUGAAGUUUUUUCAGCAGAUGCUGCAAAAGCACCCAGUUUGGCUGUUAGUAGAAUUGCUACUUAUCAAGAACUUGAUAGUGAUCUCUCCAAACAUUCUGCUUUUCAAUCUUUAGAUGGGAUUGAUUUGACUCUUUUAACUAAGCGCUUGCUACCUGAAAAUAUAGUUAAAAAAGAGGAUGAAGUUGCUUGGAAUUGGGAUACAUUAUUUGCUGAUGUUUCAUCUCAAGUCAAUGCUGUAAUGUCAGAAGACCUUAAUGAACUGUCAGUUUCUGAUAAAGCUGGAGAUAGUGUUGAAAAAAUGUGAAACAGUUUGCUCUAAGAGGACUGUGAAAAGUCUUAUUGUGUUCCUAAUGCAAAGAGAAAAUUGUUUCUGUUAGUUUGUAUUUCCAUUUCACUGUAAUUUUAUUUCCAUUUCAUUCUGUCUUAAGAAUUUGUUUUCAUUUCCUGGUAAUUUUCAUUUCAUGUUUGUUUUUAUGUCAUUGUUCAAAAUGUUUAACAUCAGAAUAAAUGCCGAGUGAAAUUCACUGAAAUUUGUAUUAUUUUGUAAACCAUUAUUGAAUAUACUUUAAAUCUUUAUAUGAAUAUUUUGCUCUUUUAGUAACUUCAUCUCUCUUCCCUGAUGUCUGCUCAGUUAUUUUAACAGAGAAUAUAACAUUUUGAUUUUAAAAUUGCAGCUUUUAAAUAAUUGGACUUUCGGUAUCUAUUUUCUGUUAAACAUCUUAUUUUAUAAAUUUAUUAUAUCGUUUUCACCAAAGUCUAUAUGUAUAGUAUAAUUAUUGUUUUUUUAUGCAAACUGUGAUUAUUUUCUGUUGUAUUACUUAAGAAGCACAAUUUUUUAAAAAUAGUUUGAACAAACAUAUAAAUACCUGAGGUAAUAAUAACUUGUGCCUUAUUGUUGGGUUGAGUUCACAUAGAAAUGUUGACUGUGUGCUUAUUGUUAAAGAAGUACUUAAUUUUGUUUAGUGAAGUUUUUGAUAAUUUUUAUUUUUGAAAGAAUUUCUUCUGUGAUACACUGUAUGUGACACACUGUUUCAGUUUUUGAAACUGUCAAUGCAUGUGAGUAUAUAAAAAAUAUUUAUAAACCAUGUAAGUGCCUUUUUUAAGUUGUCUUAUCUUUUAAUAAAAGAUGAUGCAGUGUUA